AAAAUGAUAUGUCAUUUUAACGUUUAAUGAUGUCAGUUUGCUACUUGGGAUACCUACUUUUCAUUCAUUAAUCACGACGUCGAUGAUCAUGUUGUGUUGUCACUCAUGGACCGCUGCCGGAUCCAAGUCGAUACAUUUAACGAUUUCAUCCAUUCUAGUAACACGCAAGAAUGUACGUUUUACGCACAUAUAAACACAGGGAGGCUAUUUUCACGGAAUCUCCGCAUAUGUGGAAUCUCUAAUUUCUGUAAAGAAUAAUCGAAGGAUAGAAAAGAUCUCAAGUAGCAAACUGACGACAUCAAAACGUCUAAUAUGACAUCAUUUGACGUCAAAAUAAUAGAUCGAGCCCAGCUUCCCCUAUCGAGAUGUGACAGUACGUCGGGGAGUCGAGUUCAAGGACGAUUAUGACAUCCAGGCAGAGCUCGGACGGGGAAAAUUUGGAAUUGUUUAUCGAUGCAAGGAAAAAUUGAGCGGCUUGAUGCUGGCCGCGAAAGUGGUGAACAUCAUGAAAAAGGAGGACAGACGAACGGUCCAGAGGGAGGUCGAGAUCAUGCGACGUCUGCAGCAUCCACGAUUGAUUCAGCUCUACGACGCCAUUGACGCGGGAAAACAGAUAUAUGUUAUUCUAGAAUUGAUCGACGGCGGCGAGCUCUUCGAAAGAGUGAUUGACGACGACUUUGUACUCACGGAACGCAGCUGCGCCGUUUUUAUGCGUCAAAUAUGCGAGGGAAUGGAAUUUAUGCAUAGUCAGAAAAUCUUGCAUCUCGAUUUAAAACCCGAGAAUAUCCUGUGCCUGACGAAGGAGGGUAACAGAAUUAAAAUCAUAGACUUCGGUUUAGCGAGGGAAUACGAUCCGAAUAAGAAGUUGCAAGUGUUAUUCGGUACACCUGAAUUCGUCGCUCCGGAAGUCGUAAACUUCGAUCAAAUUGGAUUCGGCACCGACAUAUGGAGUAUAGGUGUUAUAUGUUAUGUCUUAUUGUCCGGUUUGUCACCGUUUAUGGGCGAUACGGAUAUAGAGACAAUGGCCAACGUCACCAUAGCGAAAUACGAUUUUGACCACGAAGCCUUUGCCGAGAUUUCCGAGGACGCGAAAGAUUUCAUCAGAUGCCUCCUGGUGAAAGACAAAGAAAAGCGAAUGACGGCGGCGCAAUGUCGGGAGCAUCGUUGGCUGGCGCGAAAAACGAGUAAGACCAGGAGCCAGGAAGAGGCGGCCAAACGGAUGGCCUUUCUCGAAAAUCGUCCUCUAGGUGUCAUCCGCGACGGGCACCUCGAGGAAGAGCUGGACGUCACCAAGGACAAUCUCAGGCUGUUCGUCGAACGUUGGCGGGAGCACCCGGACAGUCCUUACACGAUCGAUUCCUAUCAUUCGGCCAGAGAUCCCUCGUUCCGCGAACACCCUGAGGAAUCGACGUCCCUGCGAGGACACAGUCCGUCUCCCUGCGACAGUCUUCGCAGCAGCAGCACUCAGUCCGACAAGGUGGAUUCGCUUCACUCCACUCGCUUCUUGUCCGUACCGAGUUUCAGCCUGUCCUUGGAAAGGAGAGCCUCCGAAGGUACGGCCGCUAGGAACCGUCGCGAUCCAGCCAGCCAGAUUGCUCUAGCUGAGGAGAUCAUAAGGCUGUCCGAACAUCUUCGCACGAUCGCUCUGGGUUCGCCAUCCAGCGAGGACGACAACGGGACCAAGUCGGAGGCGCAGCGUUCCAUCAAGAAGCCCGAUGUUGGGAACAAUCGUGGCGGUUCUUACCCGAAGAGCAACGUCACCAGCUCUUUGGUCUCCACCAAAGAGACCAACGAGAUUACGGAGAAGUUGUCCAGCAUCACCCGGCAACGGAAGCUGAACGGGACGACCUUCCACAGUAGCCGCAGCUUCGACAGACACGACGUGGACGGGAAUCCGGAAAAUCCUGCGUUCCUAGCUUUAAGGAGAACCAGCAUCAGCGACGGCGAGAUGUCCGAGAGGUGCAAGGAGGAUCGGAAGUGCUCCUUCGGACUCGGCAAGUUCAGCAGGAUGACGACGAUCGGCAAGACGUCCUUCCAGGCGACGUCCUCCCUCAAGGACGACAAGGACGUGGACUUGACGCCUCCGUGGCGACGGUCCCGAGUGAAGCGAUCCUUCGGCGAGACCAGCCGGGAUGUGCCGAGGAUAUCGAACCUGCAGGACCUGCACAAAAACCUCAACCUCGACGAGCCCGGUAGCGCCAAGGACCUGCUGCUGCACCUCCUGGGCGAAUGGGAGGACGUCACCGCGACGCCCUGCGUCAGCAACGUCGGCCGGAAGUCCGUCAGCCUGGACUGGUGCGCAGCGAACACGGUCGCCAGGAAGACGAUGAACUCGUUGGCCGAGUACUUCCAGUCGAAGCAGAGGAAAGCGAAGCCUCCCGACGUCGCGUCCUCCGUGUCGCCGUCGAUAUAUCGUUGAACGAUGUUGUUGUAUACCUGAAAACGUAUAGAUGUUUUCACGUCGGUGCGCAAGCAAGUCUCCUUUCUCUUCUUUAUUCGGUCGUAAACCUUGUUUUCGAGCUGCUGAAAUAGUUUUUUGGCACUCGAGGUCAGAUCUGCCCGGGGCAACGAUAUAUAAGGCGUUUCUAAAACCGUAUCGGAGAUUUUAAGAGCAUAUUCUAGGGGUCCAAAUCAAGAAGAAAUAUUUUUGUAAACGUGGAUCCAAAAAUGAAAAUUUCCAAGUAAUAUCAAAGUGACGUUAUUUUGCCACUUUCGGGUCCCCCUCAAAAUCGGAUGAAAAUUACAUCAAAAAUUAAGUAUUCACUAAUUAUUACGCUGUGCAAAAUUUUCAUGAUCUGUGAAAAAGUCUUCAAGAUUUACAAUACAUAUGUUUCGAUUUUUUCUCUUAACUUUAGAAGACUAUAACUCAGAGAAAAAGCAUUUUUCGACCCAUAUUUAAAGAAACUUUUUCUCUUAUUUAACUCCUAGAAUUCAUUUUUAGAAUCUUUGACAUAAUUUUAGAAACACUGUAUGUAUACAUAGCUGAAGAUAAAACGAAUCUCAAAGAAUUGUGCAAAAUUCGAUGGAAAAUUGAUUUUUUUUAAUUCGAAGUUAACUUGACAAUUGUUGAUAUUUUCUUUCUACAUAUCUUUUUAUUUUUAUUUAUCCUAAUUUUAGCCAACAAUUGAGGACAUUUAUGAAUAAGUAAAUUUUAAUAUCGCAACUAGAAGGUGUCUAGAAAUUUUAUAAACAAUUUAUUUAAAAAUUAGACGUUUAAAAAAAGUCUUCAACUCACUUCAAUUUGCGUUUCUUAAAUAUCAAAUAGUCAAUUUGGCAAACAAUCGAAUAAAUAAAGUUUUCAGACUUCUUGUAUGCGUAUGUAUGUACGUGUGUGUGUAUGACGUAUUGAAUUAUGAUAUCGCAGAUAAUCGCGUAAAAUACAAGAAAACGAACUUUAUAUUUCGAUGUAUAAUAUUUCGUAAGAAAAUUUGCACAAUUUCUUGUUUCUGGCAUCAUAAUUCAACACAGCUGCAGUGAAUAAACGGGAGAAAAUUGCGAUAAAAUAGAAAAAGAAAGAAAGAGAGAGAAAUGUUUUUUAAAUGUAUUAAAGAUGAUGUGCGAAUAAUAUAAAGCAGAGAGUAUAACUUUUCAA